AAUGUCAAAUUGCGAAUGCUUGCGCCGUCCGUACACAAUGUAUUCAAUACAAUAACAUAAACAAUAGUAGUUUGAGUUUCGUUUUCUGUCCAAACGAAACCAAUAGAAAUGGCCUUACGAUAAGGCCGGGUUCUGGGUUUGUUGUGCGUGAGGAGCAAACUCUGGUGAAUUCUCGCUUCAGCCAUUGCAAUCCACUCUUGGCGGUGUCGGUCUGGCUGGCGGUGGUUCUGAGGCAAGUGCAUGAAGGAAAGCUGCCGCUAUCAGAAAAUAGUGCAAGUUUUCACACAUUAGGCAUGCGAUGGCCAUGGGAACCAAAUGCGAAGUGUGCCUGUCCGCGGCAGGAUGCGAGUAUAAGGAAAUUUUUACUGAUGAAAACAAACAUAUUGUAGGGCUUAUAGCGAAACAUCUGUGGUUUGAGCUAGCUGAGACGGCCGAAAGCAGCUGGCUGUGCGGCAGGUGCUGGAGUGCUUUGGAGGGAUUUCACGCCUUUUACUGCGAAAUCGAGGCGGCCCGAACACAGCGCGAAUCGCCCGUACCACCAAUCGAGAAGGAGGAGGACGACAAUGAUGAGGAGGAAGACGUUUCCGGUAGCUUGGAACCGAAAUACAGGACCGAAUUUUUCGAGGUGAAGGUGGAGCCGUUUGAGCUGCUGGCCACCGCCGAACAGGAAGACGCAAACUGUUCCGACGAGAAAGCAUUGCCCUGUGAGUUUGUGAAAUGUGAAGAACCGCUCGGAAUAGAUCCUACCGCACCGACGUCGGACGAUGAAGCGCUGCACGGUAAUCGGUCCGACUGUUCGUCCGGCGAUAGCGGUGGAAAGCAUCGGCUAGAAAAGAGACCGAAAAAGCUGCACCAUGUCGACGAAGAGGCCAAGCAAAGUAAGGCGAUCGCGCAGAAGCAGGAGGACGAAAGCUUGCACAGCUUCUACAAACGGAUCGUGUGCGAAGAAUGUGAUAAUCAGCGGAUGAUGGUGGGCGAACCUCAGAUCGAUUUCGGCACCUGGCGGGCAUUGCUGCGACACACGAAGGAGGUUCACCGGCACGACAAAGUGUACGUAAAGUGUCCGCUGUGCGAGUUGAAGCUGCGCACGAAGCAAACGCUGCUGCAGCACAAGGAUUGCCACGAGAAUCCGGAAAAGUACCGCUGCAUGCUGUGCGCGGAGAUCCAUCAGAACAUGAAGGAGCAUUUGCAGAACAAACACCAGGAGCGGCAGUUUUGCUGUGACGUGUGUGGGAAAAAGUUCCCCUUCAAAAAGCGGCUUACAGUGCACAUGAAGAAGAUGCACGUGGAAAAGGACAUCAUCUGUGAUCAGUGUCAGAAACCCUUCACAAAGUACACGAUCGAAGACCACAAACGAUCCGUUCAUUCGGCGCGCUUUGUUUGCGAACACUGUCCAAAAACAUUCAACAGUCGCUUCCGCUUGCUGCAGCACAUGGAAGAGCACGACGAGAGUUUGCGGAAUUCCACCUCCGUGCCGUGCACGAUAUGCGGACAGGUGAUGCGCGACAAGUACAUUCUUACCCGGCACAUUAAGCUUAUGCACACGGUGCAACCUGCGGUAAGCUGCACGACGUGCGGGAAAACGUUCAAGUGCAAGCGCAAUCUUUCGGUGCACAUGACGAACGUGUGCAUGGAACCGACCCGACUGUUUCCCUGCACGAUCUGCGGGAAGGAGUUUCGGCGGAAGAAUAAGCUCAAAGAACAUAUGUCGACGCACACGGGGAAGCCCGUGUACAAGUGUUCGUUCUGUCCGGAAACGUUCCGCCAGGAUACGCACCUGUACUAUCACCGGAAGAAUGCACACUACGAGCAGUGGCUGGAGAUGCAGCAGCAGCGCAAGGAGGGCGUGCGAUUCAAAUUGACUGAACUAACGAUGUUCGAACCAAAUCAACACCUGCUUUGUUUACAAACAGCUUUUGGACCAAACUGUCAAAAUUACAAAGCCAACAAAAACAAGCUAUGCGAUAACCUGGGCCUAAAAUAUUCUUGUCCCAAACAUUCUGUGCAUUGUUUAGAAACUAUAGCAUCAAGUGCAAAGAUAGAACAAACUAUUGGUCAACACGGCACGGGAAGCAAUUGUGCAAUGGAAGCCGCCACCCGCAAGUGCCGGACGUGUCUGUCCGUUGGCGAAUCGGAAUAUUUGAGCAUUUUUGCGGAGGAGAAUCGGACGAAGAACAUUGACACAAUUAUCGCCACACAUCUUUGGUUUGAGGUAAUUGCCACCGAUGAAAGUCAGUGGAUAUGCCAGAGCUGUUGGUCAAAGCUGGAAGAGUUUCACGAAUUCUACACCAACAUCGAGCAGACGCACAAACACCAAACGCUUCUUGACGAUGCCAAUGUCGCCGCGAAAGAGCCUUCAGUAUCCUCGCCCACCAGUUCCACCAGUCCUACGUACAAUACAGAGUUUCUGGAGAUAAAAGGCGAACCCUACGAUCUAGAGGGGGCCAAUGACGAUGCCUUAAGUGUAGCGGACAGCAGGGUCAGCGAUAAAAUGCUGUCCGGUGGCGAUAUAAAGAGUGAAGAGUCGGACGAGUACGAGGAGGAGGAUGAGGAGGACAGUGACUCGUCACUGCCACCGUACGAAGGAGGGACGAAAAGAAGAAAAUCCACCCCCCGUGGGUCACGUGAGACCAAAGCAAGCAAGCAGCCGACGGGUGAACGGUUGGCGAAGCGGAAGGCAGGUGGCCGCUUCCCUGCCGACCCGGAAGAGGACAGGAACAUACUUCAGUUCUACCGGCGUAUCGUUUGCGAGGUGUGCGACAACAAGCGGAUGAUGGUGGGCGAACCGCUGAUCGAGUACGCGACCUGGGGCGAGCUGUUGCGGCACACGAAGGAAACGCAUGGCCACUACAAGAUCUUCGUGCAGUGUCCGGUGUGUGAGAUGAAGCUGCGCACCAAGGUGACGCUGGUGCAGCACAUGGAUAUGCACCAGAACCCGGAGAAGUACCGGUGCGAGGUGUGCGGCGAGGUGUUCCAGAACAUGAAGGAACACAUGCAGAACAAGCACGAGGAGCGCCAGUUUAGCUGCGAUCUGUGCGGAAGCAAGUUCCCGUUCAAGAAGCGGCUCGUGGUGCACAUGAAGAAGAUGCACGCGGAAAAGAACGUCACGUGCGACCAGUGUCAGAAAUCCUUCACGCGUUACACGAUCGAAGACCAUCGACGUUCGGUGCACAUGGCCCGCUUUGUGUGCGAGCACUGUCCGAAAACGUUCAAAAUUCGGUUCCGCUUGCACAAGCACAUGCAGGAGCACGAUAAGAGCUUGCGCAUCUCCACGUCCGUGCCGUGUCCGACGUGUGGCCAGGUGAUGGGCGACAAGUACAUCCUCCGGCAGCACAUCAAGCACAUGCACAACGAGCAGCAGGCGGUCGAUUGUGAGACGUGCGGCAAGACGUUCAAGAACUAUCGCAACCUAAAGAUACACCUGACGAACGUGUGCAUGAAACCGAUCCAGCUGCAUCCGUGUGCGAUCUGUGGCAAGCAGUUCCGGCACAAGAACAAGCUUAAAGAUCACAUGGCGUCCUGCACGCCGAAUUGAAGGCCGGUUGUGGCGGUGGUGCAAAAUUUGUGAUAUGCGUGUGAGGGCAGAGUGUAAAUUAUGUUUUAACUUAUUCGUAUUUUAAAAUCGCACUUACCUUCAAAUGGCCAUGGUUGCCAUGGUGACAUGCCACACCGACACCAGCCAACGGUUGCUGCGGAAAGAGUCGGAAAAGAGGUGCAAAAACGGGGUUAACUUCUUCGAUGUAGUGCAAAAGUGAAUUAAGAAAAAAGAGUUUGGAGGACAUUUUACAUGCCGCCCCCACCAGAUCCACAUCAGUAGCCCGGGGAGCAGCGUGAAGAUGUUCGAUGUUUGUGUUAGUAGCUUUUCUUCAUGUCUAAGUUUUAAGCACUGAGCAACUAAUGUGCCAUUCCUUUUUCUUGGUUACAGCUUCGCAUGUGAAUGCUCCUGUGCCAAGUCUUGUACCAAUCGAUCGGACGUUGUUUGAUUAGGCGAGAUAAGCUUAAAAGGAUCUCAACCAAGAAGGAUACAUUCUUCUUGUGUUUCAGUGUAACACCCUCGGAAGGUAGUGACUAAACUAAAGUAGUUGUAUUGUCUUCAUAAUCUACCAUCUCACAUCAUUUUUUUUAGUUGGCAUCCAAUCGACGAUCGCUAACGAUCAGCCACACACGCGCCUGCAACCAUCAGGAAUCGCAUGGAACCGCUACCGAUUGGCCUGCAAAUGCUGGCUUCUCUCUGACAUAAAUUAGUCGUAGCUCGAUGAUGGUGAUUCUCUUCCAUUCAUACACACAGGAAAAUGGUCCUGAUGGGAUUUGAUUCCCUUUAAGUGACCUAAGAAUGAGUCGCUGGUUUGUAAAAGUAACCUUCAUAGCACAGGAAAGCUAUAAGGUUAUCGAAUCGGAGAUGAAGAUCUACGAAAGCAGAACAAGCUGUAGAAUUAAUCGAUUACAGGGGUUUAUAUGUCAGAGGUAAAAAUGAACAUAUCGCACCUUAAAUUCCCAGGAACACACUCCCCCUUGGAAAAAAGGUUCCAUUCCGACAGUUUUUCUAUUCGUUUUCUUUCUGUUUUACGUAAAAUAUUUAUCUAAGAAAAUAGUUCUACCAGUGACCUACGGAACUAAAACUCGACGUACCGCUUCUGGAAAAGACAGCAAAAUGUACAAAAAAAAAAAAAAUCGAAGAUCCAUCUAAACAAUCAACUAAUGAAUAAAACAACACGUUUUUCGAAUGUUUUUCUGAUUGUACAACGAGCAGCAACACAGUCAAGCUGUCAUUUGUUAUCAUUUUUUUCAACUUAUAUUCAAAUUUCGACGACAAAAUGUUUUGUUUUUCAUCUCUCUCACAUUUUUCCUCCCUUGCACCUGUGUUCACCUUUAUCGCCAGCUUCCUUCGCUUAUUUCCACAAAAGGUGAGUAAAUGUUUGCAUUUUUUUUUGUUGUUGUUGCGGUUUUCCAUUUUGCAUCCUUGACUUCAUCCACCGUCCUUUGCCCCUUUUUUAAACGUUAAUUAUAUUAAUGUUGCCUAGGCUAAGCUUCGUUUUUCGCUUCACUUCAUUCGCUUUUCCACUACUCUUGGUUUGUGAGGCAUCUGCCGUCUGCCGCCCGUUCGACGAAGGCUUGGCACGUUGAAAGAGCAUAACACACUCGCCACCGUCCUUACUACAUGCUUUGUAGUAGUUCAGGGUGGUUUGUCCACCGUAGAGGACGAGUGCUUCUUUUUUUCCUGAAAGUUUCCUUACCCCAUUUACCUUAGUUUUCUGUACAAAGCGCGAAAAAGUCUCUUCCUUUACUAUCGUCGCAAUUUUCCACCUUUCCACUUGAACCACGUCUAAACCGAAUUUCUAGAAAUAAGUGUGUGUGUAUAUAAGAGCAUGUAUAAACGGAAUAUCCCGAUAGAAUAAUAUUAAACCCGGAACGUAGCGCAAGAGUGAUAUGAAUACAUAUACAUACAUACAUACAUACAUAUAUAGCACAUUGUGUAACUUGUAACGGGUUGUACGUAUAAAUAAUAAUUGCUUUUUUUCCAGGAAGAAAAACAGCUCCAUCUUCAGCAUUCUGUUUGUUCAAGCCUUUUUAGAUAAUAUUGGGCACAGGGUUUGUUCCGCUCAGCACCAAAUGGGUCGGCUGGGGAAAACAUUCUCUACGGCGCUCGCACAAAUCUCAGCAAGCGCGUUGCUAUCAAGUGGCAAUAGCGCUGUGUAGAGUAACCCUGCACACUUUUAUCCGAACCGAAUUGACGUAGUUAAUAAUAGAAAAAAAACCAAGGAAAGGAAGAAAGAAACAAAAACAUACAGCAAAAAAAGCAAGAAAUACAAAAGACCUUCACGCGAGUGAGUUUUUCGAACUUUGCCCGCCCUUUUCCCUAGUUCAAACGUGCUUUGCGUUUCCAUUAGAGUGUUGAUUACCACUUGAGUAUUCUUAUCGUUUCGUGGGGGGAAGGGGGGGGGGGGGGGUAGGACCUUUUUGCCUAUCUCUUACAUCCGGUGCUUCCGGUUGGAUAUUUCCGUUUUCGCUAUUAUUAGAGAGUGAGAGAGAGUUAGAGCAAUAUUGUAUGCAAGAGAUAUAAU